UUGUGCAACCUGGAGAGUCAAAAGGAUGCUUGCACCACGGAGAAACCGUGGAAAUGUGGAGACUGUGGAAAGAGAUUUAAUUAUCCAUCUAGGCUAGAAAUUCAUCGACAUAGUCACACUGGAGAGAAACCGUGGAAAUGUGGAGACUGUGGGAAGGGAUUCAAUUAUCCAUCCCAGUUGGAAAUCCAUCGACGCAGUCACACCGGUGAAAAGCCAUGGCAAUGUGGAGUCUGUGGGAAGGGAUUCAGUUACCCAUCCCAGCUAGAAACACAUCGACGCAGUCACACUGGAGAGGGGACCUUGACCUGCUUUGAUUGUGAGGAUGGAUUUGUCGAUGCGUCCAAUGUGCUGACAGAUGAGCAACUUCAUGCUGAGGUGAAGCCGUUCAGCUGCACUGACUGUGGGAAGACGUUCAGGCAGUCAGCCAGCCUCACUGUCCACCAGCGGGUUCACACUGGGGAAAGACCAUUCGGCUGUACUUACUGUGGGAAGACAUUUAGGCAGUCAGGUGACCUCAUUGAACACCAACGAAUUCACACAGGGGAGAGGCCAUUCACCUGUUCUGUAUGUGGGAAAGGAUUCACUCAGUCAUCCAAUUUGCUGACACACCAGCGAGUUCACACUGAGGAGAGGCCAUUCAUUUGCCCUUACUGUGGACAGAGGUUCAGGCACUCUGGCACCCUCACUGUACACCAGCGAGUUCACACUGGGGAGAGACCAUUUAUCUGUUCUGUGUGUGCGAAGGGGUUCACUCAUUCAUCCCAUCUACUGACUCACCAACGGGUCCACACUGGAGAGAAGCCAUUCACCUGCUCCGUGUGCGGGAAGGGAUUCACCGAUUCGUCCACCCUACUGAAACACCAGCGAGUUCACACCGAGGAAAGACCGUUCAGCUGCACCUACUGUGACAUAGCACCAAUUGGGAUCAUAAAAAUCAAGAGGAUAGCCCCAGAGCAGAGGUCGUCGUGGGGAGCGAGUCCCGGAGGAAACUUACCUUGGAGCAGCUGACAGGAGGUGUGGAGCGGACUGGAAGCUUGGAGUGGGCACAGUUAUUGGACUGGGGUCUGGUGCGGGUGGUCAGAUCUAAGAUAGUGCCAUAAGAGACGACGUUGUAAAACUUUUUGCUGUACUCUUAUACUUCCGUACUUGAGUACAUGUGACAAUAAAGGAUAUUCUAAUUCUCUAACUUGGCUGUCCCACAGAAGACAGAGCAAUGUGGUGAAAGUGUGUUUUUUCAGGCUGGAAGUCCGUGACUAGUGGUGUUCUGCAGAGAUCCGUUCUGGGACCUCUGUUUAUGAUACAUAUAUAAAUGACUGAUGAAAAUGUAGAUGGGUGGGUUAGUAAG